AUGGCAGCAACUUCUGCUUCUCGAUCAUCAUCAUCAUCAUCAAUGAGUUUUGUAGGGUUUGCUUCCAUAAUUUUAACAUUCCUUCUUGCUCUAUUUCUUCUCUUCUACUUACCUUCUUUGAACCAAAACAUAUACAAUACUCUUGUCACCAACUUCUUCAUAUCAUCAUCCUCUCCAUCAUCGUCAUCUCCUCUUCCCAUGCCGCCAACUUCUAUUAGUAAUAGCAUCACUAAUGGCACCAGUUUCAAAAACCUCGAUGAGUCUAAGAAAAAGGAGAAGAAUAGUGUGGAGAGGAUUGAAGAAGGAUUAGCCAGAGCUCGUGCAGCGAUAGUCGAAGCUUCUUUGAUAAAGAAGAACUAUAACUAUACAUGGGAGAAACAACAUGUUUAUUUUCCUAGAGGAUCAAUUUACAGGAAUCCAUAUGCUUUUCAUCAGUAA